AUGGAAAGAAAUAGAGGAAAGAGUAGAUGGAAGAGAAGAGGAAGUGAUGAUCAUUGGCGGAGAUUGGAAUGCAAAAACGGGAGAAGAGGGAAAGCCGAUAAACAAGAAUCUAGGGAAAGAAAAAAACAAGCGAUCAAAAGACAAGACAAUAAACAUGGAAGGAAGAACCUUGCUAAAGUACCUGGAAGAGAGAGGCUAGAUGAUAAUCAAUGGAAAAGACAAAGAAGGGGAGGAGUGGACAUAUAUUGGGGAGAAAGGAAACUGAAUAAUAGAUUAUGUGAUAGGCAACCAGGAAGCGACAGAGGAGAUAAUCGACAUGAAAGGAAGAAGAGUAGAGAAAAUGUGGGCCGAGAUCAAAGAAAAGAUAAACAAAGCAGUACCAAAGAGGAAGGUAAAGAUAAGGAAAUGGGACAUGGGAGAGAGGGUGUGGUACGACAAGGAGUGGAAAGAAAGGAAGAGAGAAAUGAGAAGGAAGAUGACAAAGUUUAUGAAAGGAAAAUGCAGCAGAGAAACGUUUACAGAGGAAAGAAAGGCAUUCAAAUAGUGGUGCAGAUAAAGAAAGGAAAGGCAUGA